UUGUCAAAAUAGUAAAUUUGGUUGGGAGUCAUUGAUGGGCAGCAAUACUCAAACCUUUCUGGUUUUUGGCAUUGAAAAUGGUGUAAUUAACCCACUGAAAAAUAACAUUUCUACCCCAGGGUUAGGUUUGCAGAAGAACAAACUCCCUUUUCUUGGCAUCACCUUUCUGCUGACCUCAGGGCAGUUAAAUUGAUUUAAUGGAUGUAGUUAAGCUCGCUUAAAGUUAAUGGAAGUACUGAUGGAGCUUCAUAAUAAAGCCACAGGUCAAUGCAAAAGGUUCUAGCCUGCUUUACAUGGCAACAUUGCUAUUGUAGAGCAUGGCGCUUGCAAUGCCAAGAUAAUGGGUUCUAUUCCCUGGACCAACAAUACCCCCCAGAAAAUGUUGCAUGCAUCACUGUAAUUCGGUUUGGAUUAAAGCAUCUGCUAAAUGUUAUAUAUUAUUAUACACCCCCCGGGAAACUGUUUAGCGGGGAAAAACCCAGGAGUUUGCAGCGUUGCAGUUUUUGACACAAACCUGUGCGCCUUGCACCUACUACCAUGCCCCAUUCAAAGUCACUUAAUUAUUUUGUCUUGGCCAUUAACCCUCUGAAUGGCACGCAUACACAGUCCAUGUCUCCAAGGCGUAAAAAUCAUUUUUUAACCUGUCCUCCUCCCCAUCAUCUACACUGAUUUGAAGUGGAUUUAACAGGUGACAUCAAUAAGUGAUCAGAGCUUAUAAAUGUGAACGAAGUGUUGACAGUGUUGAAUAACAACUUAAAGUGCACACCGUCAACAGCGCGAAACAAUACAAAAAAAUAGGAUCGCAAGGCUUUAUCUUGUUGUUGGGUUAUUACAGAAAUGUUUGGUGAUCGACUAGGAAUGCCUUGGUACUCCUGAGUGGCGCAGUGGUCUAAGGCACUGCAUCGCAGUGCUAACUGUGCCACUAGAGAUCCUGGUUCGAAUCCAGGCUCUGUCGCCGCCGGCCGCGACCGGGAGACUCAUGGGCGGCGCACAAUUGGCCCAGCGUCGUCCAGGGUAGGGGAGGGAAUGGCCGGCAGGGAUGUAGCUCAGUUGAUAGAGCAUGGCGUUUGCAACGCCAGGGUUGUGGGUUCGAUUCCCACGGGGGGCCAGUAUAAAAAAAUAUAUAUGUAAGUCGCUCUGGAUAAGAGCGUCUGCUAAAUGACUAAAAUGUAAAAUGUAAAUGUAAAUGAGAUUGACCAGUCAAUCGCGAUUGACCGGUUGGUGACCACUGGUCUAAAAGAAACAAAUAGUUUCUUAGCAAAGAGCAAUUUCUCAAGCAAUAAUUUUGCUAGGACUGUCUGGGAGUGGUCUGAGUGAGGAGGGGUAAACUAAAAAUUUGAUGUUAUUGGCACAGAGGUUUGGAAAUACUUUUUUGGUCUAUUAACUAAUUUACCGCCUGGUGAUGUAACCAGGCAGGCCAAAACUCUAUCCCACAAAAACCUCCAGACAUUUCUGGCGGUCUUUUCACAUAGCUCUUACACUAAAAGGGCAUUAUCAUUGUCACAAUUUCACAGUAUUAUUCCAACCUCCAUAGUCUGGAAAUAUAUAUAAAACACAGGAUUUUGACUGCAUUGGGCCUUUUAAUGUGACUCGUAAAUGACUAAGGUAUUUGUACUGCAAUUGAGUGCACAAUAUGACACAUCCUACUACAAUCACGUAUGUUAUACGUCACUGUUGUCACAAGUAAGUAUUUCCGCUUACAACAAGGGAUUACACUGCAGAUUUUGAUUGCUUUACUGUAUUCAGCAAAAACCCAGAUUUGUAGUUUGCUGUUUUCGAGUCCUUAUCAUCAAUCAAGCCCUUAUGGAUUUAGCAUACUGCCUUUCGGGCUAUGUCUGGCACAGCGAGAAAUCAGGAAAUGGUACAAAUACGCAACUCACCACUCAGUCAGAGACUUUAAUGAAAUGUAUUUUCUCCAUUUGACUGCCAUGCAAAGAAAUCAAAUUGCCACCGUCUGAGGGGCUUUUCCCAUUCUAGUAAUUAUAUUUCUAUGUGUCCAUGUCUCCGAUAUCUAGUAUCAAUAUCGUGGAAUAUUCACUCAACUCUGGACAGGGGAAAAACAAUAAGCGGUAUUGCCGUGUAACUGGAUUUCUGGGUAACCCGAGACGUGCAUCGAGACAGAUCGAUCCCUAAAGCAUGUAACAGCAGGGGGAGAAAUGGCAUCGGGGUGCAAUAACGGAGUAUUGAUAAGAUCAAGUUUCAUACAAGCCUCUUUCAUUUGGGGAGCAUGACGGGUGGUUUGUAAAUCUAUUGGAGAGCAAAGCUGGCGAGAGAUGAGGAGGGGGAAUCUUGACCUCAAGGAAUGUCUAGGGGUCACAUCUCUUACUCCUCAAUUCGAUUAAGUUAAAUUCCAUGUUCCUUAAUUCAAUUAAGUUUAAUUACAUUACAUUUCAUUGAUGUGAUAUUCAUAAUAUCAUAAUGAGCUUUCACCGGUUAUAUCUACUGCAAGUAGGACUGGAAUGCUAUUAUUCCCCCCAUGGGUCUCCCGAGUGGCGCAGUGGUCUAAGGCACUGAAUUGCAGUGCUAGCUGUGCCACUAGAGAUCCUGGUUCGAAUCCAGGCUCUGUCGUAGCCGGCCGCGACCGGGAGACCCAUGGGGCGGCGCACAAUUGGCCCAGCGUCGUCCAGGGUAGGGGAGGGAAUGGCCGGCAGGGAUGUAGCUCAGUUGAUUGAGCAUGGCUUUUGCAACGCCAGGGUUGUGGGUUAGAUUCCCACGGGGGGCCAGUAUGAAAAAUAAAGAAAAAUAAUGUAUGCACUGGAUAAGAGCGUCUGACUAAAAUGUAAAUGUAAUUGUUUUAGCUACUCGGUAAGCAACCGUGGAGCUACGUAGUGAAGACAACCAUCAAUGGCAGUCUAACUUCGCUUUACCAGCAGUACUUCCCCCAUCCCCCUCAAGUGUAAAUCAUUUACUAAUCCAAAACAAUAUGGCCUUGCCUCCCACUGAAUUUUUGCAGUGUUGCCACGACAACUGCCGUGGCGGCACCACGAGGCAAGCCCCUUUAUUUCCUGUGUUAGGAGAGUUGGAAAGAGACCAGCCAAGCAAAUUGAGACUUUUCUCGAUUUAAUAAAUUUUUCUUUGACCGCUCGUCUCAUGUUGCCUAGCUGUCAGCAGUGGGCUCCCCCACUGUCUUGUUAUGAGGACCUUCUUUGAGGUUCGCAAGGGUCUGCUGAUCCUGGUCUCGCGCGCACACACACACAACCUCCCCAAUCCUCCCCCACACACAAAAAAACCUUUACAUCCUAUAGCAUUUCUAAGAUUAAUAAAUUAUUCAGGACCAACCGUUAGGUGUUGUCUGAGGGCCACUCACACUGUAAUUACUUCCUCUUUUGUGUGUCCACUCCUCUGUUCAGAUUGAUAGCACAGUUAGCGCUAGCUAUCUCAGCACCAGGUGUCAGGUAAUAGGUAUUGAUAGCAGGAGAUCAAAUGCACUGAGCUGGUAAAACGCUUGGUUUAUCCCUCCCUCCCUGAGUGCUUACAGGGGCGUUUCAGUCUAAUUUUACACCGUAUACCAGUGCCGGCAACCGUCUCUGACUCUACAGAGCAUUUCAAUCGAGUGUAGAUCAGGAGGAAUGCGUUGUUGAAUACUGUAUGUCCCAUCUCAGUGUUGCGCUGAAAUAAUGUCUUAUGAAAAAUUGCACCUGCUAUAAUUUGGUAAUGAGCCCAAACAUUUUGAGAAAUGUUUCACAAGCGUUAUGCCAGUUCUUAUAUGAUCUGAAUUGAGAUAAAAAAAAAUACUUAUUUAUUAUUGUAUAAUAAACAGACAUUAGGUAGACAUAGGCAGGUCAUAACCCCAGGUUAUAACCCACCUCUCUAUUACAAGGUUCUUCCACCCAUUAGCAUGGCAUAAACAGAUAUUGGGCAGACAUUGGCAUGUCAUAACCCCACUUCUAUUGUUCUUUGUGGUUCCAGUUGAGCUUCCAGCACAAGGUGGGCAUUAUGUACUGCCAGGCGGGCCAGAGCACCGAAGAGGAGAUGUACAACAAUGAGAGUGCUAGCCCUGCUCUGGAGGAGUUCAUGGAGCUGCUAGGCCAGAGAGUCAGGCUGAAGGGCUUCACCAAGUACCGGGCCCAGCUGGACAACAAAAGUAAGAGUCCACGACUCAACACACACAUAAUUUGUUUAUAUAUUUUAUUAUCAUUUUAUUUAUCAUAUGCUUGAUAAAUGUGCAGUAAGUUAUGUAGAUCAGGGCCCAGCUGGACACAUACAGUACAUCACCUUGUACAGUCCAACUGAAAAGAAUAAUAAUGCAGUUUUGAAUGAUUUAUCUUUUGAUAGGAGCAAACUUGGAAGUUAGUCCUUUACUGUGUUAGAAAACAUUUGGUAGAUUGCACAUAACCAUUUAAAAAAAAGUCAAUUUCUCUCUGUGCACUGAAAAAUGCUUCAAAAUGCGUUACAUGGCCAGGUUUUCUUUGAACGGUGCAAACGUAAUAAGAUUGAAAAAAGAAAUGAUACACAUAAGUGCCUUAGAGUUUUUUGGUAAUGCAGCAAAGGACUACCUUCCAAGUUUGUUCCUAUCAGUCAAUACCUGUUUCCAAAGAGAACUGUUCCGCCAAACCCACGCAGCUCCUACCCUUUGUUUCUCUUUCGCUUUGAAAGUCUGA